AUGGCUCAGAGUGACUUCCUCUACCCACAAAACCCACGGAGGCGACAGGAAGUGAACCGCCUUCACCAGCAGCUGCUGGGCUGCUUGUCUGACAGCUUCCAGGUCACCAACAAGCUCACAGGGGUUCUCAACACCCACUUGGGUUGCAGGCUGGCCUUCAUUGAAAUGAAAAGCGAUGGGACCAUCAAAGACAACUGUGACAUCAUUAUCCAAGCCAUGACAAAAAUCCAAAAGGAACUGCAAAAGGUUGACGAGGCUCUGAAAGACAAACUAGAGCCAACCCUUUAUAGGAAGCUGCAGGAUCUUAAGGAAGGGGAGACAGAGAAGAUUACCAUCGUGCAGAAGGUCAUUUCUGUCAUCCUGGGAGAAGCUACCUCUGCAGCCAGUGCAGUGGCUGUUAAACUGGUGGGCUCCAGUGUCACAACUGGCAUCAUUAGCAAGCUGGUCUCUGUGCUAGCUCACAUCGGGACUUCUCUCCUGGGAAGCAUUGGAGUUGCGGUGCUCAGCCUGGGCAUAGAUAUGAUCAUUCAAGCCAUCUUGGGAGCAGUGGAGAGAACGCAGCUCCAGGCAGCCAUCAGAAGUUAUGAGAAGCAUCUGGAGGAGUUCAAGGCUGCCUCAGAACAGUACCAUCAUGCUAUCACUGAGGUCACCACUGCUGUGAAGCGCCAGUUAAGAUGAACAGUCAGGUCUCUACACUGGGAGAGUUCUGUGCUUCCCUCUCUAGCACCAUGUUUUUUUUCCUUAGGUUAAUUUUCCCUAUCUCCCACAAUGUGGAUACAGAUAAACGAUUUGGGAUGCGUGGGUCUUGGAUCAAAAAUGAGGGUCCAAACCAUCUGUACUAUACAAACCACCUGUACUAUACCCUCAGAUGAUAAAGCUCUAUUCAGUUUUCUUACCCUGUUCUCAGAACUACUGAGGUAUAAAGGCAUCAUAGACCAGCAGACACAGGCUAUUGCUUCCCUGUUACCAUGCAAUGUCUUCAAACAUUCCCUCUAAAUGGAGAGACCACUCCAUUACCUGUUUCAAUCAUCACUUAUGUCUAAGAAGACAUACUUAAUAACAUCUGACUAGACACACACUCGUGGCCUUCAAAUAAAAUAGACAUACUUCUAUUAUUUUUAACACCAGCUUAAAUAAAAUUGUCUGUAAAUUGGAAAAGACUGCAAAACCAUACAAACAUUUUUCUUCCACCAGAUUAAAUACAAUGGUUUGCAACAUGGAAACGAGGGCAAAAAACAUCAACAACAUUUUCUUCAAAAAUGUAUGGAAGCGUGGGGCGAUGCUGACGCACGCCUGUAAUCCCAGCACUCGGGGAGGCAGAGGCAGGGGAAUUUCUGAGUUCGAGGCUAGCCUGGUCUACAGAGUAAGUUCCAGGACAGCCAGAGCUAUACAGAGAAACCCUGUCUCCAAAAAACCAAAUCCAAAAAACAAACAAACAAACAAACAAACAAAAUGUACGGAAGCAAAGCAUCUGUGAGUUCUUCUCUUUACAAAGUAUGCCUGGAUGGAUUUGGAAAAGGAUGAGAUAAUAAAACUUGUUUUUAUAAU